AUGGCCGACAAGAGCAGAGAUUCGUGUGAUGAAGUCACCAGCGCGAAGAUGAAAGGCUCGUCUUCUGAACGAGCUGGCGCGAGUUCAACUUUUGCGACUGAUGGUACAGCCGGUAAUAUCAAAAAGUCGGCACUUGUGGAACAGGAGACAUAUCAAAAGAAAAGUGUUAUGGAGCCGCCCUUCACGACGGCACACAUGAAUAGGACAACAACCCCGACGGCAGGUGGAGCAUCAUCAUCUGAUGAUGUCGUCGACGAGGCUUUCUUUGCGGACCAUUCGGCAGCAACGACCGCUAGUACAACUAAAAACAAACGCUCGACUGCAGCUCAUCCAGGCGUGAAAAAAGAAUUUUCAAAGCAGGCGUCGCUGCAGGUCGGAACAGCAGGUGUCUCAAUCAUGCAGCAAGGACCUAGUAGAGAGAAAUCGGAAAAGAGAGCAGAUCUUCACAUCGACAGCCUCUUUGCCGCGGACCAGACCACCAGAUCUAACUCUACUAGUACCUCAGAGCGGGUCGUUCUUGUCGAUGAAGAAGGUAAGAAUAAGAUUAAAAGCAGACUGCAAGAAGAGAAGCCUGGUGCUAAUAUGGACUACCCGCAGUCCACCGGUCUGACGCCGACCCCGUCAGGGAGUAUGCGUUCUCGAAUUUCUGAAAACAAGUCCUUGGGCGGGAAAUCAGACACGAAGUUCUCUGAAAGAGCAGGACCAGAGUGUAGUUCUGGUUCUGUGGGCUCGCAACAUCCCAGUGCAGCGACCACACGUGGCGCGGCUGCAGCUGAGUCGCUAACUACAAAGGAUUCCUUGUCGGGAGGUCACAACGAACCGACAAACAAAAAGUCUUCCAUAGGCUCCUCGAGUGGGGUAGCUAUAGCUUCUUCUGCAACUACAUCAAGCAGGGGAGCAGGAUCCUCCCGCAACGCAGCGGCUUCCAGUAGGGGCAACAAACGGCGCGGAGAUCAUCAGCAGGGCUGCACAGGAGCCGGACGCGGUCCGACCCAAAAUACUACAGGCGACUUUAAAAAUGUGUCGGUUGACGAGCUGCAGAACCAAGACCGCAUGUCUGCCAUGUCGCAACAACUCGGAGCCGAGCUGGAAUACUUGCGGCAGCUGCACUGUGGUACUUCUAGAAAUAAGACGGAGCAGAUGAAUGGAGACGUGGAGAUGGCGGAUGAACAAAAAAGCAUGACUGGAAAUAAGUAUAAGAAUGCCGUGGCGCUGGAUGAAUUUUACAACGAGGUGCAGAAGACCAAGCGGGAGAACGCAGACCUGAGGGAGCAACUUUCGAUUGCGAAAGCGCUCUUGGCCUUGCAGAAUGUGCAGCUUCCUAGCAACGUACUACUGGCCGCGCGACCAGCACCACAGCCGCGGAAAGACACGACCCCUGCUGCCAAUGGGAAGGCGGCCGCUCCGAAAACGGAAGCUCUCUUCGAAAUGAUGCAAAAGGUACCUAAGCUACAAGCUGUGACUGUGAGACAUUAGUUCGCUGAAUAUAGAUGCCUCCUUCUAAUGCGCUAAAAGUAGUUCACUCACACUCUUCGACGCGCGCGUCGAGGUCGAGCAGUUUUGUUGCCACAAUAGCUUUUCCUGGUGCGAGAUCUCGAUUUGGAUUCCGCACGAACGAGGAACGCAUUACUUCAGUUUUUCUGUUGGUAUGCUGGAACUGGAACGCCCAUGAAUACUUACUACACAAGGUAAAGUUAUUAAAGCAGCAGUACCUGCUACUGCGGUCAGACGUUCUGUACCUGAAUCACGAGAUGAACGUCAGUCAAGAGUGGGUUCUGCAGAGCUUCGCCAACGAAAUCCAGGCUGGGCGUUCGGCUAUGCGGUGAUAGAAAAUGGUGAUGGUCAAAGCCAAAGGUGUGUUGUCCGGGUUCACGCGGAGCAAUUCACUUCAACGUGAAGAUGGAGGCCGACGAGGGGAGAGCUCCGAUCUUCAGUCGCAUGUCAUGCGGACUCGGAGGCUCUCUGUUCCUUUCUUUUCUCCUUUUGGAUGUUGCUUAACCAAUAUGUUGGCUAUGUUUAGUCGCCUUCUCGGAUGAAUGAAGAAAUGCGAUGGGAUUGGAAUAAGAACAUAAAGUAAGCUAUCAUGAUGUGGUCUAUCAAUCUUGGAAGCGAGGUUUUUCUACGAGUCCGGUUGGAGUUCUUUGAAGUCGGGCCUUGUCGAGUCGGAGUCAUGCUUGAAGAC